GGGAGAGCCGAGAAGCGGGGAGGGCGGCGGCGGCGGCGGCAGCAGCAGCAGCAGGAGUGGCGCGGUGACCGGACUGCCGGCCGGCUUCCCCCCGUUCCCUCCCUCCCCCGUUCAAGGGGCGACGGUGGUGAAGUUGGCAAACAUGAACUGACGGGGCACAAAGUUGCAGUGAAGAUCUUGAAUAGACAGAAAAUUCGGAGUCUUGACGUUGUGGGGAAAAUACGUAGAGAGAUUCAGAACCUGAAACUUUUUCGGCAUCCACACAUAAUUAAACUAUACCAGGUUAUCAGCACACCGUCUGACAUUUUUAUGGUGAUGGAAUAUGUUUCAGGAGGAGAACUGUUUGAUUAUAUCUGCAAAAAUGGAAAGCUUGAUGAAAAGGAGAGUAGACGUCUGUUCCAGCAAAUUCUUUCUGGUGUGGAUUAUUGUCAUAGGCACAUGGUGGUCCAUAGAGAUUUGAAGCCUGAAAAUGUACUACUUGAUGCACACAUGAACGCCAAGAUUGCUGAUUUUGGUCUCUCAAAUAUGAUGUCAGAUGGAGAAUUUUUAAGAACAAGCUGUGGUUCUCCUAACUACGCUGCUCCAGAAGUAAUUUCAGGAAGGUUAUACGCAGGGCCAGAAGUAGAUAUCUGGAGCAGUGGUGUUAUUCUCUAUGCUUUAUUAUGUGGAACUCUUCCCUUUGAUGAUGAUCAUGUGCCAACUCUUUUUAAGAAGAUAUGCGAUGGUAUCUUUUAUACGCCUCAGUACUUAAAUUCAGCAGUAAUUAGUCUCUUGAAACAUAUGCUACAGGUGGAUCCUAUGAAGAGAGCAACAGUGAAAGAUAUAAGGGAACAUGAAUGGUUUAAACAAGACCUCCCGAAGUACCUCUUUCCUGAAGAUCCUUCUUACAGUUCAACUAUGAUUGAUGACGAAGCCUUAAAAGAAGUCUGUGAUAAGUUUGAAUGUACAGAGGAGGAAGUGCUCAGCUGCUUAUAUAAUCGCAAUCAUCAGGAUCCUUUAGCAGUUGCCUAUCACCUCAUUAUAGAUAAUAGAAGAAUAAUGAAUGAAGCGAAAGACUUCUACUUAGCUACAAGCCCACCAGAUUCCUUUCUUGAUGACCAUUUUUCCCGACCUCACCCUGAAAGAGUGCCAUUUUUAGUUGCGGAGGUACCAAGGUCACGCCAUACACUCGAUGAGCUAAAUCCUCAAAAGUCCAAACAUCAGGGGGUUAGAAGAGCUAAAUGGCAUUUAGGAAUUCGGAGUCAGAGUCGGCCAAAUGAUAUAAUGGCAGAAGUUUGUCGGGCAAUCAAGCAGUUGGAUUAUGAAUGGAAGGUUGUAAAUCCAUACUACUUGCGUGUUCGGAGGAAGAAUCCAGUAACAGGCACAUAUUCCAAAAUGAGCCUGCAGUUAUACCAGGUGGAUAGCAGGACUUAUCUACUGGACUUCCGUAGCAUUGAUGAUGAAAUGAUUGAAGGAAAAUCAGGGACUACCACUCCCCAGAGGUCAGGCUCUGUGACUAAUUAUAGAUCUGGUCAGAAGGACUCGGACCCUGAUGUUCAAGCAAAACCAUCUGAUGCAUCUCUUACCUCUUCAGUGACCUCUUCACUUGACUCUUCUACAACCGAAUUAACCCCAAGAUCAGGGAGCCACACGAUAGAAUUUUUUGAAAUGUGUGCAAAUCUUAUUAAAAUACUUGCACAAUGAUUUAUAAGGUUGGCUUUUUUUUUUACAGCAAUAAGCAUGCCGAAAAAGGAAAAAAAAUCAUAGUCAAAUGCUUCCAAUUAUAAUCAAGUUACAGUUAACUUUGGCACUGAGAAGACUAGCCACAUUGCAGUUUGCACAGGAAUCGAACUUGCAUUUAGAAGCAGUCUACACCUCAUACUGCAUCCUUCCCAAACCAGACGUCCUCCAGAUGUGUUUGCCAUUCUGUCUGCAGAUUAGGAAGGGCACAUCUGGAGGUUUCCAGGUCGGGGAAGGCUAUCUUUAAUGUACCGAAGCAAAUUAUGAUUAAAUAGUCUACUGGAAUGAUGUGCAGGUACAAGAACAGUAUGUUUUACAUUGUGUAUCAUUAGGGCUUCAUGGAGUUUGACCUUUGUAUGCUGAUAAUUUAUUCCUUUUACAGUACAUGUGCUCAUUUAUGAGAUCAAAAGGCAACUUUUGGAUACCGUCUUUGCUUGUAUUCUGUUGUGUCAACAAAAGUGUUCCCCUGUCAAACAGCACUUCAGCCAUCUGGCACUUACCCUAAGUUUUCAACAGCCAAGUGGUGCACUUGAGUGGAAAAGACAAAAAAAAAAUGGUACUCUGCUUUGACCAAUUCGGACUGUGUCCUGAAAGUUAUAAUACCAAAUAUAACAAUCUUCAGCUUAAUUCAAUGAAGAGAAAGGCAGGGUCUGAAAAUACAUUGCGUGGGUUUUCUCAAAUAUUUGUUACAUGUGACAAGUUUCGGAAGCACUUUGUAAAAUGGUGAGGUGAGUGGUGUUUUAUUGUUCCUUGGAAGGCAAUCAGAAUUUAUAGUACGAAUGCACAACUUCCGACCAUGGAUCUAAGCAGGUGACCUUAGGAAGAAUUCAUAAGAUAGGGGUAUUUUUCCCUCCCACCACAACACAACUGAUCUGUGAGAAUGAUACUAUGCUUGACCCAGAUUGCAACUCUGCAGGUUUUCUGACCCAUGUUGGGUGUGUGGAAGCAGUUUUUGCAGCCACAACAGGAUAUGGAUUCUGUGCCUGAAUCUAAAAACAAUGGUUCCAUGGCUGAUAAGAUAGCCCAGACUGGUGUAUCCAGUUCUUGGAAUCCUGCCCUGCCCUGGGAUUUCAAUGGCUCCUGUUUUCAUAUAGUUUUCAUACAGAUCUCUAGCAGAUCACUCUUGUAGUAAGAGUGAUCUGGAUUUUGCCUGUGUUGCAUAAUCACUUUUUUAUACUGCUUUUAUAUAUACCGAAUUAAGAUUUCUAAAAGUUUUGAAAGAUGAAGUAACUUUGGUUUUGUUUUGAUAUGUGUAGAACUUAAUUGGUUAGGUCAGAAAUGAGUCAGCUGCCACAAAUUAAAUUUUCUUAUUGAAAAACUGCUAGAGAAAAUCUUCCCCCUCUCUACUGUGAAAAAUCUUGGGUUUUUUUAAUUGGAUAAAAUUACACUAAAGAAUUAAAGGAGGCUUAAUUUAAACUGAUUAAAAUUAUAGAAUGGUGUUUAAAUGGAAAUACUGUAUCAUGUUUCAGCAAUUCUUGUUUGGUGAAGACGUAACACUUAACCACAAUUUGCACAAUUUGAUUAUUCUUGGCAUAUAAAUUAAGAUUCCAAAUGUAUAAAUCCCAUUGAAAUGAGAUGAUAAACCAGAUUCUUGUGUUUAUGAAUUUGUUUUGAUGUCCUCUCUGCUCCUCUUAGCUUCCACAAUUGCUAUAACAAACUAUGAUGUUACUUUUCCCUCCUUAUUUUUAUUGUUGACAAGAAUUCUGUUUAUUUACCCACUGUAGAUGAUCUUUUAGUAAUUCUUGAUAUCAGUCUAUGUGACUUACUGUACUAGUUAUAUUGGUCCUAUUUUCGUUAUCAGUUGUGCUAAUGGUGUGGAAGAAAUAGAAAUCCUAGGAUAUUGUUCCUUGCCAACAAGCCCGCAGUUAAGAUAAGGCAGCAAUCAAGAGUUUUCAUCUUAAAAACAGACAAGAGGCUGAAAUUGAUUUUUGCUUCGUGCAGAUGCAACACUAGUUCAUGGGUAAUGCAGAUGCACUAAGUGAAAAUUUCAGAACACAGGCAAAUCCUUCACUGUGAUUUGAUAUGCAUAUGAUUAAGAAAAACAUCCAUUAAUAUGUGAUUAUUAAUGAGACUUAGGGUUAGGUUCAUAUAUCAUGCUAUGGCAUAACAGCUUCUGCCUGGCUUAGCAUGUUGUGUGACUCCCAGCUGUUAAACUUAAAGCUAUGCUAGUUGUAGCUUAUUAACAGACUGUGAUUCAGCAAACAUGGAUUAUGAUAUGUAUGCCCAGCCAAUUGUGGCUUAUUCAACAAACCAUGGUUAAGCAAACAAUGACAAAGCAUCUUCUUAUAAGACGCGCAGAUGCCAGAGAACAGAUCUCUUAAUUUCUCUUGCUUAAUGUGGUGCCUUUGGAAUGUUUUGCAAUAUGAUUUCAAUUAUCAUCAGCCUCCAAUUUCCAUGCUAAGCAGGGUAAUAAAAACUGUACACCAGCCAUUAUCAAGGAGACAUUAGCUUGGCUUCAUCUUGUAAAGUAAAAUCUUUUACUUUGAUGGGAAUGUAUAGCAGAGAUACCCAACUGAAUUGUCCCAGCAAAGAAUUUAAGAACAGCUGAUAAAGAGAGGCUUGGGUUUGAAUAUAAUGUGUAUCUAGUGAGUUUGUAUCAGCAACUCAAGAUGCACUGAAGAAGCCUGGUUCAGUCUAUAAAUGCAUGAAUUCAGAAGCUGCACUGUUUAAAUAAUUUAAUUAAGUAGACAUUGAACUUCAAAAUUUGUGCUAUGGUCAGGAGGCCCUCAAAUCUAUAGCCAUGGGCUUUUGCCAUGUGCUGGCCUUUUUAGAGGUGAACACUUAAGGUGAUCUUAUGAUAUAGUUUCAUACUUCAUUACGUCCCAGAUUUUAAACUGAUUUUAUAACUGAACUUGACUCAAAGUCAUGAAUAUGUACUCCAAAAGAGAUAAAAUGUGUGGGAAGGAAAGGGCAGCGGGGUGCGUAUAUGUGUGUGUAAAAGGAGUCGGUAGCUAAAUAGUGUUGCUGUGAUAUAUAAAGAGAGAUGGUUGUCUUGGGGACCAAGCAGUAGUCCUUAAUUUACAACAAGAAAAUAAAACUACUUGUUACAUCUUGCUCUGCUGCAUCUAUACAAUUACUGUGAUUUAUUUUUUUAUUGAUGCUGUCUUAAUUUGGAAUGGUUAAAACUGAACUUGGCAAAUGGCAUAAAUGACCUUUUUUUCCUUUAUAGCUCAAAAUUGUUUUUGGCAAGCUACAAUCUUAAAUUUGGAAAAAAAAUACCUAAAAAUUAGUGUGUGUAAACCAUAAGUGACAUGUUUCUCUGUAUCAGUGGCUCUAAGUCCAACCCGAAGUAAUAUUGUGUUGACUUCAGGGUUCCAUAUUUUUAAAACUGUCUGCAUAUUUAACUGUAGCUUUUGUAUGUUUCCUGCUCAAAUCCAACUGAAAUGAAUGGAAGAUAUCUGCUAGCCUCAUCAGCUUGAUUUUAUAUUUGGUGUCUACAUUAAGAAAUGUUAUCAUGUAUAAAACUUUUAAUUUUUUUAAUGUAUAUAAGUUUUACUGAGUGUUGGGCGGGGUGGGGGGUGUCACAUUAUCAGGCCUUAACUUCUUUGGAAAAUGAGGGCCAAAGUACAUAGCAAAAAGGUACAGUUGCCUAUUCUUAAAUACAGAAUUUUGUAAUUUUUCUUUAAAAGCCAUUUCAAUGCUCCCUUUUUAAUUUUUUGUUAACUUGGGCAGAAGAAUAUCUUGGAUGUAUUCAAGCAAAAAAAUGAAUCAAUGUUUUUGUAACAAUUUUUAGACUUAGAGUAAAAUAUUGAUGUUGAAAUUACUCCCCCCCCCCUCUUUUAACUCAGGCCUUGUAUGGUCCAAUAGCUUAUUUACUGGCACUUCUUAGUGAUACAGGAAGGUCAGAGCCGUUGAUCAUGAAAUACAAGCUACUUUGCAGAACUGACCAUGAUGGGAACUGUGAAGAGAAAAAAAAAUCUGUUUUAAAAAUGAAAAAUAACAAGUCUAUAGCUUGACUAAGCAGCCUAUUCAAAUAUUGUUCCUUUGGGCUCAUUCCAUUGGAAAAACCCUUCAGAUGAUCUGUUUUUAUUGCAAACACUUCAUAAUUAAUUACUGAAAAGUGGGGGGGGGGUGAUGUAGGAAGUGAAAACCUUGUGCAAUGUAAAUUCUUAACAUUGGUAAAAAGUAAAAAAAAAAUCCCAUCCAUUUUCAUAGUGCAAUCUUUCCAAAGGCUGACUUUCACAUAUUUUGUCAUUUUUAACUUUUCAAUCAGUAUAAAAUUUGAGAUAAUUUUGCCAACUGAUUUUUACCAUUGUAUUGCUUAUGAAAUGGAUGAUCACCAUUUCUCAAAAACAAUAUGUGCCUACUUUUAUUGCAUAUUCUCUCUCUCUCUUUCUCCCUCUCUCUUUUGGGAGGGAAUCAAUAUUGAAUGAAAAUGCUUGUGAUAGCUGUAUAUGACCUGUUACUUUUAACAAACAUUAAACUGUAUGCAAGUAAACCUUGAA